CGUUUGUCACAGGUCGUGCAAUUCGUACUUAAUUUGCAUUCACUUUCCUAAAAAAAAUGUUAAACAUAACCUGAAAACUUUGUGUGUCAUAUUAUUUGUGGACUUUUAAAUGCUGAGUAGUGCUUCGAAUUGACCUUAGUGAAGUUACUGAUACGAUAUCAGAUAUUUGUUGAAAAAUAAAAGUAAAUUUUUGUGGUUUCUGUGUUGUUUAGUAGUGGAUUUUAAUUCUUAACAAUCCAGAGUUCGUUUUGUAUUAUUCUAGAAUUGCUACGUGACUACCAAGUUGUAAAUCAUGGCUGCCAAUCCUUUUGAUAAGCAUUUAAAAACAUUAACGAUAGGAUCCAAAGAAUAUCAAUAUUAUGAUUUAUCAGCUUUGGGUAACCAAUAUGCUCGGUUACCAUACUCUAUUAGAGUAUUACUGGAAUCGGCCGUCAGAAAUUGUGAUAAUUUUCAAGUUAAAGAACAAGAUGUUCAAAAUAUCUUGAACUGGGAAAAUAAUCAAUCACUGGAAGGGGGCAUUGAAGUCCCAUUCAAACCAGCAAGAGUGAUCCUGCAGGAUUUUACAGGUGUGCCGGCUGUUGUGGACUUUGCAGCUAUGAGAGACGCUGUUAAAGAGUUAGGAGGAGAUCCAGAAAAAAUUAACCCCAGUUGUCCCGCAGAUCUUGUUAUCGAUCAUUCAGUUCAAGUUGAUUUUGCUAGAUCGCCUAACGCUUUGAAAAAAAAUGAAGAAUUAGAAUUUGAAAGAAAUCAAGAACGCUUCACAUUUUUGAAAUGGGGAGCUAAAGCUUUUAAUAACAUGUUGAUUGUACCACCUGGGAGUGGUAUAGUGCAUCAAGUUAAUCUUGAGUACCUUGCAAGGGUGGUAUUUACUGGUUCGGACAAACCAAUUUUAUAUCCAGACACAGUUGUAGGAACUGAUUCACAUACAACAAUGAUAAAUGGAUUAGGUGUUCUUGGGUGGGGUGUGGGUGGCAUCGAGGCAGAAGCUGUAAUGUUAGGUCAGUCUAUAAGUAUGUUACUUCCAAAAGUUGUUGGUUAUCGACUGUAUGGAUCUUUGGGGCCAUAUGUUACAUCAACAGAUUUAGUAUUAACUAUAACAAAACAUUUGAGACAGUUGGGAGUUGUAGGAAAGUUUGUAGAAUUUUAUGGACCAGGGGUUGCAGCUUUGUCAAUUGCAGAUCGUGCGACAAUAGCAAAUAUGUGUCCUGAAUAUGGAGCUACAGUAGGAUUUUUCCCAGUAGAUGAACAUUCUCUAAACUAUUUAAGGCAAACAAGUCGACCAGAAGAGCAAAUAGAGCUAAUUAGAGCAUAUUUGAAGGCUACAGAUCAGUUGAGAAAUUACACAAAUGAAGAAAAUGAACCAAUAUUUAGUCACACCGUGAAUCUGGAUUUAUCAACAGUGGUUUCCUCUGUCAGUGGACCAAAAAGGCCAAAUGAUCGAGUUUCUGUUUCUGAGAUGAAGACAGAUUUCCAAGCUUGUUUAAGCAAUAAGAUCGGCUUCAAAGGAUUCGGAAUUUUGGGCGAUAGAAUGAAAACCGAAGCCAAAUUUAUGUUCAAUAGCCAACAAUACACAAUAAGACAUGGGAGUGUGAUUAUCGCAGCAAUAACUUCUUGUACAAAUACCAGCAAUCCAAGCGUAAUGUUAGGCGCCGGUUUAUUGGCUAAAAAUGCCGUGGCUGCUGGACUAACCGUGGCGCCAUAUAUUAAAACCAGCCUUUCACCAGGCUCCGGUGUUGUCACGUAUUACUUACAAGAAUCAAACGUGAUAGACGCUCUCACACAACUCGGAUUUGAUAUAGUUGGCUACGGUUGUAUGACAUGUAUUGGCAACAGCGGAGGUAUUGACGAAAAUAUAGUCAACGCUAUCGAACAAAACGACUUGGUAUGUUGUGGAGUCUUAUCAGGAAAUAGAAACUUCGAAGGUCGCAUUCAUCCCAACACAAGAGCCAACUACUUAGCGAGUCCUUUGCUGGUCAUAGCCUACGCGAUUGCAGGAACUGUCGAUAUCGACUUCGAGAUCGAUCCACUCGGAAAACGACCCGAUGGAACUCCUGUGUUUUUGAGAGAUAUCUGGCCUACUCGUCAAGAAAUUCAUACUGUUGAGCAGAAGUUUGUCAUUCCAGCUAUGUUCCAACAAGUUUAUUCCCGUAUUCAGUUGGGUUCGUCAAGCUGGCAGGCGUUGAAUGCUCCAUCGGGUAUCCUGUACCCAUGGUCGGAUGCUUCCACUUACAUUAAAAAACCGCCAUUUUUCGAUGGAAUGACAAAAGCUCUGCCUUCAUCUGUUGCUAUUAGUGGAGCUAGAGUGUUGCUUUUCUUAGGCGAUUCAGUUACUACAGAUCAUAUAAGUCCUGCUGGUUCGAUUGGACGCAGUAGUCCUGCUGCGAGAUAUUUAGCACAGCGUAAUUUGACUCCUAGAGAAUUUAAUUCAUAUGGUUCAAGACGUGGUAAUGAUGCUGUCAUGGCCAGGGGAACUUUUGCUAAUAUCCGUUUGGUUAACAAGUUUAUGAGUAAGGCUGGACCAAAAACUUUGUAUUUGCCAACAAACGAGGAGAUGGACGUAUUUGACUGUGCUGAACGCUACAAGUCUUCCCAGACACCCCUCAUUAUUAUCGCCGGGAAAGACUAUGGCUCCGGUUCAAGUAGAGACUGGGCGGCUAAGGGCCCAUAUUUGUUGGGUGUAAGAGCGGUCAUUGCCGAAUCAUUCGAGCGCAUUCAUCGUUCAAACUUGGUUGGCAUGGGUAUCAUUCCUCUCCAAUUCUUAGCUGAUGAGACUGCUGAAACUCUCGGCUUAACAGGGAAGGAAGUUUAUAAUAUAGAAAUACCAGCUGAAUUGAAACCAGGACAAAAUAUUAAGAUUUCGACAAAUACUGGCAAAACAUUCGAUGUUUUGCUGAGAUUUGAUACUGAAGUGGAUUUAUUGUUUUACAAACAUGGAGGUAUAUUGAAUUAUAUGAUCAGAAAGAUCGUGGCGUAAUUACAAGUCGAUGUCGGUUUACCAAAGCAAUGUUAAAGGUAAUAUAUUUUUUUAAACAUAAACGAAGUUCGUACUAUACUUAAUUAGUUGCACCGUUCAGUUGCUUUUAAUCCGGUACCAAGGUAAUAAAAUUACUUAGUUUUAUAAGCAAUAUGUAAGCUCAAUUUUUUCGUUGUUGAGGGUUUUACUGCGAUUGUCUGUUUUGUGUGGGCUUAUUUACUUAGUUGUUAUAUAUUUUUAACAAUGUUAUACUUUUAUAUGGCCAUAAUAAACACAGUUCUUAAAACAA